UCUACUGACGUCCACAGAAGAAGAAGAAGAAGAUCAGCGAGCUAGCACGCUAGCAAGCUAGCAUCCACAAAGUGCACGGUUAGACGGUCGUGAGCAUCGACAUGCUCCUACAGACGGCCAGGCCCUGGCUGCUCCGUUGCAGGAGUCUACCUGUGGCCUGCACGAGGUCUUACUACGCCGACAAAGUCGCUCCACUCGGGUCUCAGCCGGACAAACAGUCCCCUGAAUACCAGGAGAAUUAUGAGCGAAUGCAGGUUAUUGUCGAAGAGCUGAAAAGCCGGACGGAGAAGGUCAAACUGGGUGGGGGGGAAAAAGCCAGGAGACUUCACACUUCUCGUGGGAAACUCCUUCCCAGAGAGCGUAUUGACAGACUGCUGGAUCCAGGGAGCCCUUUCUUGGAGUUCUCUCAAUUUGCUGCAUACGAACUGUAUGGAAAAGAGGAAGUCCCUGCAGGCGGUAUCCUUACCGGGAUCGGGCGGGUUUCAGGGGUGGAGUGUGUUAUUGUUGCAAACGAUGCUACUGUCAAAGGGGGCACAUACUUCCCGGUUACAGUGAAGAAACACCUCCGGGCGCAAGAAAUAGCCCAGCAGAACCACCUGCCGUGCAUUUAUUUAGUGGAUUCAGGAGGGGCCAAUCUACCCAGACAGGCCGACGUCUUUCCGGACAGAGAUCACUUUGGUCGUAUUUUCUACAACCAGGCCCGGCUGUCCUCGGAGGGAAUAGCACAGAUUGCUGUCGUGAUGGGCUCCUGCACUGCCGGAGGAGCGUACGUACCCGCCAUGGCGGACGAGAGCAUAAUUGUGCGGAAGCAAGGAACCAUUUUCCUGGGAGGACCCCCGCUGGUCAAAGCCGCCACCGGGGAAGAGGUUUCUGCAGAGGACCUUGGUGGUGCUGAUCUUCACUGCAAAAAAUCUGGUGUGACGGACCACUAUGCUUUGGACGAUGACCACGCGAUUCAUUUGGCAAGAAAGGCGGUGAGAAACCUCAACUACAGGAAAAAUAUUGAGGUCACCACAGAACCCACUGAAGCCCCUCUCUUCCCCGCGGAUGAACUCUACGGCAUCGUUGGAGAUAACCUGAAACGCAACUUUGAUGUCAGAGAGGUCAUCGCCAGAAUUGUAGACGGCAGUAAAUUUGAUGAGUUCAAGGCUCUCUAUGGAGACACACUCGUUACAGGAUUUUCCAGAAUAUUCGGUUACCCCGUUGGAAUCAUCGGCAACAACGGAGUCUUGUUCUCUGAAUCUGCGAAAAAGGGAACGCAUUUCAUCGAGUUAUGCUGUCAGCGCAACAUUCCACUUAUUUUCCUGCAAAACAUAACGGGCUUCAUGGUGGGCCGAGAGUACGAGGCGGGCGGAAUCGCCAAGGACGGGGCCAAGAUGGUGACCGCAGUCGCCUGCGCCAAUGUUCCCAAGCUUACAGUCAUCAUCGGCGGCUCCUACGGCGCGGGGAACUACGGCAUGUGUGGCAGAGCCUACAGCCCUCGAUUCCUGUACAUGUGGCCCAACUCCCGAAUCUCCGUGAUGGGCGGCGAGCAGGCGGCCACCGUCCUGGCCACCAUCACCAAGGAUCAGAGGGCGCGAGAGGGAAAAGAGUUCACAGCAGAGCAGGAGGCAGCCAUGAAGAAACCAAUAGUGCAGCGAUUUGAAGAGGAAGGCAGUCCAUACUUCUCCAGUGCUCGGCUCUGGGAUGACGGCAUUAUUGACCCCGCUGACACUCGUCUGGUUCUGGGGCUGAGCCUCAGCGCGGCGCUGAACGCGCCGACGAAGAAGACUCACUUCGGGGUGUUCAGGAUGUAAAGCUUGCAUAGCUUGUGGACCGCCGACGAGCUCUGCACUCAAACUAGUCUUUUUUUUAUAUUUUGAAAGUUUCAACUGUGGGGUGUCACCAGAUUAAGAGCAACAAACAAUAGAGAACUCACACAACCUCGGAUCAGUGGGGAUGUGUGCUGCUCUUGUGGGAUAUUUCCACUAAUAUAUUGUGCCUUUUAACUGUUACUGUUUCUAGUGUAAAUUCAAACUCCUCUCCUACAUUCUUUCCCCUCUGGAUGUUUUUUUUUUGGUAUCAAAUACUGUGAAUGAUGAAUUAUAAAAAAUAUGAGAACAUACAAAGUUGCUGUCUUUUCUCAAUCUGCAUAAGGGGGCGCUGUUCAGCUAUAUAUAAAUAUCUGACUGGCCACAUCUAGCAGAAUGGCAGAAGCACACACCAAAUGCCUUUUUAAAACAUGUAUUGAUUUAAUUUAUUUGAGAUAAGUGAUGUGUUGACAGAGUGGGUUGAGGGAAAUAAUAAAAUAAUGAUGCAGCAUGUAUGCACACUUGAAGCACACCGGAGGGAGAGGGGGGGGACAGGGGACAGGGUUUAUUAUGCCUUCUGAGCCAGCCUUAUGUUCAGUGUUCAUGUUUUUUAAUUGUGUGUAUAUAUACAUAUAUAUAUAUAUAUAUCUUGUUGCGUCAUGUUCUGAAGCUGAGCCACAGAGGAAGGGUGCUUAACUUUACCAGCUGGCCCUCCACACACACACACACACACACACACACCCCAAUCUCUCAAACUGAACAUGCUGCACACAGUUGGUACACGCAAAUAUUUGUAUAGACCAUCUGAGUCACCAUCACUUUGGCAACAAGUGACUGUUCUUGUUGUUCCUCUAUAGGACUUUUAGCGGGCGGACAUUGAGUGCAGCAGUGGAUUUGAAUAUUCAAAUAAAAGUUGUGUUUAGAA